AUGAGUGAAAACCUAGAACAGCAAUGGGAGGUACAAGAGCUGGACGUCAAAAAGGGUCACAGUGCUUCUCAUUCUCAAGAGGAAGAAAGAUAAAACCAAACUCUGUUCAAAUUCAUUAUCUUGGGAUUCUCCAACCUAAAUGAUUCACAACUUUUACUCUUCACCGUCUUCUUUCUGACCUAUAUCUGUACUUUGGGAGGAAAUAUCUUCAUUAUCCUGGUGACCGUGGCUGAUCCACAUGUACACACCCCCAUGUAUCAUUUUCUGAGGAAUUUGGCCUUUCUUGACAUCUGCUACACCACCACCAACGUCCCCCAGAUGAUGGUGCAUCUCCUGUCAGAGAAGAAAAGCAUGUCCUAUGGGGGAUGUGGGGCACAACUGUUUGCAUGUAUUUUCUUAGUAGGAUCAGAGUGUCUCCUCCUGGGGGCCAUGGCGUAUGACCGUUACAUUGCAAUCUGCAAACCUCUACAGUACUCAGUGAUUAUGAACAGAGCCCUGUAUGGCCAGUUAGCCACCUCAUGCUGGACUGGGGGGUUCCUCAACAAGGGAGUACACACUCUGACCUUCUACCUGCCCUUCUGUGGCAACAACCAGAUUCAGUAUUUCUUCUGUGACAUCUCCCCUUUGCUGCUGUUGUCUUGUGGGGGCACUUCCGUCAAUGAGUUGGCAUUGGUGUCCAUUGGGGUCUUCAUUAGGUGGGCUCCUUUCUUGGGUAUCGUCCUUUCCUGCUUCUAUAUUAUCUCUGCUAUCUUGAGGAUCCGCUCCUCAGAGGAGAGGCAAAAGGUAUUUUCUACCUGUGCCUCCCACCUGGUCAUUGUCCUUCUGUACUACGGUAGUGCCAUCUUCACAUACGUGUGGCCCGUCUCAACGUGGUCGCUGGAGAGAGGCCAGCUGGUCUCUCUCCUCUGCAGUGUUGUCACUCCCAUGUUAAAUCCUGUCAUCUGUACUUUGAAGAAUAAGGACAUCAGAAAGGCCUUGAAAGCGGUGGGAGAAAAGGUUGCAACCUUCAAAUUUCAUUUCCCUUGA